GGGCCGCCCGUCCCGGCCGGGUCGCUGUCGGUGCGGGGGGGGGGCGGCGGUAGCGGCCGUGGGGGCUCCGGUGGCCCCGGUCCCGAGCCCCCCACCCGCCGCUCCGCAGCCGCCUCGUCGGGACCCCGCCUCGCCUCGCCUGCAGCUCCUGCCGCCCCUCCCGGGGGCUCCGGCCAUGGCCAUGACAGGCCCUACGCCAUGCUCAUCCAUGAGUAACCACACCAAGGAGAGAGUCACAAUGACAAAGGUGACAUUGGAAAACUUCUACAGCAACCUCAUAGCUCAGCACGAGGAGCGAGAGAUGAGACAAAAGAAACUAGAACAAAUGAUGGAAGAAGAAGGCCUAAAAGAUGAAGAGAAAAGAAUCAGGAGGUCGGCACACGCGCAAAAGGAGACGGAGUUCCUUCGCCUGAAGAGAACCAGGCUUGGACUGGAGGACUUUGAGUCUCUAAAAGUAAUAGGCAGAGGAGCAUUUGGAGAGGUGCGCCUGGUCCAGAAGAAGGACACGGGGCACGUUUAUGCCAUGAAGAUCCUACGCAAAGCUGACAUGCUUGAGAAGGAGCAGGUUGGCCACAUCCGUGCAGAACGGGACAUCCUGGUGGAGGCAGACAGCUUGUGGGUUGUGAAGAUGUUCUACAGUUUCCAGGACAAACUAAACCUCUACCUGAUCAUGGAGUUCCUGCCUGGAGGUGACAUGAUGACACUGCUGAUGAAGAAGGACACUCUGACAGAGGAGGAGACGCAGUUCUACAUUGCCGAGACCGUGCUCGCCAUUGACUCCAUCCACCAGCUGGGAUUCAUCCAUCGCGACAUAAAACCAGACAACCUCCUCCUGGACAGCAAGGGCCACGUGAAACUCUCAGAUUUUGGUCUGUGUACUGGACUGAAGAAAGCCCACAGGACAGAAUUUUACAGGAAUUUAAAUCACAGUCUUCCCAGUGACUUCACUUUCCAGAACAUGAAUUCCAAAAGGAAAGCAGAGACUUGGAAGAGGAAUCGCCGGCAGCUGGCUUUUUCUACGGUGGGAACUCCAGAUUACAUUGCUCCUGAGGUUUUCAUGCAGACUGGAUACAACAAGCUGUGUGACUGGUGGUCCCUGGGGGUCAUCAUGUACGAGAUGUUGAUUGGUUAUCCACCAUUCUGUUCCGAGACUCCUCAAGAGACAUACAAGAAAGUGAUGAACUGGAAGGAGACCCUGACAUUUCCUCCAGAGGUUCCAAUCUCUGAUAAAGCAAAGGAUCUUAUUUUAAGAUUUUGCUGUGAAUGGGAGCACAGAAUUGGUGCAUCUGGUGUGGAGGAAAUAAAGAGUAACCCAUUCUUUGAAGGGGUUGAUUGGGAGCACAUCAGAGAGAGACCUGCUGCAAUUUCAAUAGAAAUUAAAAGCAUUGAUGAUACCUCAAACUUUGAUGAAUUUCCAGAAUCUGAUAUCCUUAAACCAACAGUGGCAACAAGCAACCACCCAGAGACAGACUACAAGAACAAAGACUGGGUUUUUAUCAAUUACACCUACAAGCGUUUUGAGGGCCUGACGGCCCGAGGAGCAAUUCCAUCCUAUAUGAAAGGAGGGAAGUAACACAGCUUUACCUGGGACUUCUGAGCCGUGGAAUUCUGUUGCUGUACUUUGGGUUUAUACCCAUAAAAGAACUUCUUCUUUUUUUUUUAAAGAAAACUUGAGGGCUAUCGACUCUUGGAGAAGACUUCAGGACCCUGUUUUGUUACACACCUGGUUGUUAUUAAGGAUUUUUUUUCCCUGUGCCAUUGAAAAAUUUCACAUGUUUGCAUCAUCUCUGUUGCCAGUGCCUUUUGCUGCUUCAGGAGCAAGAGGUAUUUUUUAUAUUCUUUGCCAGACUGUGCAGUCCAUUGGGAGAUGACAGCAAGCUUUCCUUUUGGCAUUGCAAAGCAUGGGAUUCUAUAGGACUGCAUCCAGUCCUGCAUGAAGUGACAAACUCACUCUGCCAAUUCUGCCAGCGCUGUUUGGCCAGUAGUUGAGGACUCCAGGACAGAGGAAACAAAGCAAUAAUUGAAGCUUGAGACAGACAACUCUCCAGGAAACUGUCUGGUAGAAGGACACAACUCGGAUUGCCUUAACCUUACUUUGUAGUGCUGUUUUUAUAAUGCUCCCUGGAAGCCUCUUCAAUAGCAUUUCUUAGCUCUGUUGCUGUGGCCCUCAGUUCUGGUGCACUUUACUUUUGGUACUAAGUGACCCUCAAGCCAUUUAAUGCUUUUUCUAAAUUAAAAAAUUUUGCAACACUUUUUCUUUCCUAAAGAGAGGAGAAAUGGGCCAUUUCCUCCACUGAGCGCCAAGUUUUUGGUUACUGUAUGUCAGGAUGGAUCCAUAAACAAUGCAGAUAAACUACAGCUGGUCACAUAAGUGGGCCUGGAAUUAGAGCAGAGGGAGGGAAAAUCCAGGAACCUGAUCCUUGGUGGGCAAGUUGUGCACAGCUGGGCCAGCCCCGAGGCUCUCCAGGCCACCUGCUGCUGUUCCUUAGCCACUUCUGAGCUCUGCUACAUCUUCAGUGGUUUAAAGGCCAAACCCCAACUUCUGUGGCCUUUUUGCUGUUGGUUUUGAGCAGAACAGGAUCAGGAUGUUGCUGAUGGAGGCCUGCCUGGUGUUCCCUCACAGAGGUGCUCUUGCUGUCCUGGCUGUACCAUCUGUACCCGGAGUGUUCCACGGAUGGUGCCUCAUGGGGUCACUUUUGGGGCACGGGAACCCACCAUGUCCACUCGUUGAUUGUUGCCUACUCUAAAUUACAAAAGUACAUUCAGUUCUGAUCAGGGUCUCUCCAGGAGAGCCCCAAAGUGCCUUUCCUUGCCUAAGCCUCUCUCAGAACAUGACAGCAUUUUGGGAGGGAGGAUUCUGCCUCAGCUGAGCUUUUCCUGAUUCCUUUUUCUAACCACAAGCUCCACUUCGUGCCCAUUUGUAGUUAAUUCUGCACUUCCAGGGGCAGGUGGCAUUAAUCCUUGGGCCUGAAUGGUCUGGAAUUUGCAAUCAGAUAUUAAAAACACAAUUCAAUGAGUUUUCUAAAAGUGUGUCUCAAUACAAAUUGUCUUGGAUUCCUGCAAACUUCUCUUGGUGCUGAACACUAACUCUGGAGUACAGACAAGACAAAGCUCCAGUGAUGUCUCACAGGAAAAAAAAAAGGCUUCCAGGUCUGUUUAGUCCUGACUUUCUUGAUUAGAAAAUGAAACAAAAUGGAUUUGUAGUGGAACGUUUUUUUAUUUAGGUGCUUUUAGGGAAUGUUUACCUAGAUGUCUCUUGACUCGAGUGCCAUCCCCAAGGACUGGUGGGGGACUGCCAGUACUGUACAGAAUUUUUCAGGUCCUCCCCUCACCACCCCUGUGCUUUUUGUACAUGUCCUACAAGUUUAUGACCUGCCAUAAGCAGUUCAGACAGCAGUUGGAUCCUACCAAGCUGAAAUGCAAAACUAGCCUUAAUUAGAAGUCCAGGAUCUCUGCAGUCAGAAGGGCUCACUCGGAUGAAUAAGGGCUAAUGGAAGGAAUGACUUACAGGACCAGGCUUUCAUCAACUCGUCCCUAGAUCACAUUCUGCUCCCUUUUGACUUUGCAUGAAGGACUGAUACCAGCUUCUCAAACUGUUCAUCCUUAUCCUGCAGUUUCUUCUAGCCAUUUGACAAUGCUGCCUUAUAAACCAUUGGAAUUAAUUUAAGACCAUUUUUUUUUUCAAUUCCUAACAGCUUAGUUACUGCCUUAAAAUAAAAACAAAAAUCAAAAUCCUUUGAAGCUGCUGUGGAUUAGGAACAAAUAAUUUUGAGAUAAUAGCUGCAUUCUUAGCCCUUUACUGAAAGGGACCAGCAUUUUUAUUUAUAAAUACCAAAGAUGAAGGAGCUAAACAAUUUUAAGUUGUGAUAAGUUGCUGUGAAAAACCAACUCUCUAGUACUGUGUAUUUUUAGUGCUGUGUUUGAAGUGGGACCCCUCAGGUGUGUCACUGGAGUCCAAGGUGAAGUUUUCAAUGGCACGAGGAGCAGUUGGGUACCUCAUUCCUGUUGUCUUCCAGCAAAAGCUGGACAUCUUUGAAUCCAGUCCUGCUGGACACACUUUGCAGUGGGAGGUUCUGUUUCCCAGGUGCACUGUAAGCCUGUAUCCUGUUCCAGUUUUUUACCAACAUUAGGGAAAAAAGUGUCUCCUACAGUAUCUCCUUCCCAGGAUCCAUACUUCACUGCUAACAGUAAGGAUUUUGUAUGCCUGUUACAUCUCCCAUGGUAGCCAAACAUUUUUACACUUUUUUUUUGUGUUUUGAGGUUCUUAGUAUCUUUUAACUUUUUUUUUUUAAGCUGCAGUUGCUGUAUUUGUAGAAGUAGUUCCAAUCUCAAUUUCCAGUGGAUCUGAACACCUUAUACUGCCAGUUCAUCUCUGUAUCAUGCCUAGAACAAGCUGCACUAAGUGUUUCUUAUCACUGUGCCCUGACUCUGCCUUAACCUCUAAGUUGAAAAAGUGUUCUGUAAAUAUUUAAAAGCUGUUACAAAAUUGCACUGUACAAUUUGGCAGGUGUAGUCAACUUUUUAUGGAGCGAUCUCAUUGUGUUGUGUAAAUAAAAUCCUCUUAGUAAACA